AUGGAGUCUCUGUCGGACACCACAUGGGAUGUGAUCAUCCAAGGCACUGGUCUCCCUCAAUCCCUCCUGGCACUGGCCCUCUCACGAUCUGGAAAGAAGGUUCUUCACCUGGACUCAAACCAAUACUAUGGCGGUUCAGAAGCAGCCUUCAGUCUUGAUGAGGCCCAGGAAUGGGCAGAUCGUGUUAAUGAUGCCGUCUCCGGGUCAUCACCCUUCAAAGAUGCCUCGAUCUUCACAUCACAACAGUCUCAGGAUACCCAGGAUGCUUCUUCACCCAAGCUUUCUUCUAGUCGAUCCUACACCCUGUCCUUGUCCCCGCAUUUCCUCUACACGCGUUCCAAACUAAUCUCAAGCCUCAUCUCCUCGAAGGUCUUCCGCCAGCUUGAAUUUAUGGCAGUUGGUAGCUGGUGGAUUUAUGCCCCUGGACAAGCCGACUCCGAUAAUGGCGAGCUCGGUGCGGAAAAGGUUCUCUAUCGCGUACCCGGCAACCGGGAAGAUGUCUUCGCCGCAAACCAUAUUAGCAUGAAGUCCAAGAGGACUUUAAUGCGAUUAUUGCGUCACAUCACCAAACCCAAGGAGGAUGAAGCCCCAGUGGAAGACGAGGAUUUGUCCAUGCCCUUCCAGGAGUAUUUGGCUUCCAAGUUCAGUGUACCAGAGGAACUUCACAAUCCCCUGCUAUCGCUCUCGCUAUCCCAGCUUCCCCAGAAAGGAACAUCUGCCGGUUAUGCCAUUCCCAGGAUUGAGAGACAUCUCACAUCCAUUGGUGCUCUUGGACCCGGGUUUGGCGCGGUGGUAGCCAAGUAUGGCGGUGGCGCUGAAAUACUUCAGGUUGCGUGUCGUGCCUCAGCCGUGGGCGGGGGUGUAUACGCCCUAGACACAAGGCUAGGCGAGGUUCGCCACUGUCAAGAGGGUGGAGAGUAUCCUCUCCAGGCCCAAUUGCUCAGUGGAGAGUCCCUCCAAACCAAAUUUGUGUUCGGCGCGAUGACGGAUGAUCCCCACAAAGCCAACUAUUCAAAACCCCACAUCGAAGUCGCACGUUCGGUGACAGUGGCUUCGGCCACUUUCCCAUCACUUUUCCCUGUUACGGUCGAAGGGGCUCCUAUGCCUGCAAGUACAGUGCUCAUGUUCCCAGGGGAGGCCUUGGGCAAUCCUCAAUCACCGCCUGUGUAUCUUCAAGUUCAUUCAAGUGACACAGGCGAGUGUCCACGCCAGCAGAGUGUUAUCUAUGGCAGCGUGGCACUUGCCGGAUCGGAGGGUCAAGCUUUGCUCGAGUCCGCUGUGAACAAGCUCCUUAAAGCAGAAGGUCCUGGGGCUAUCGUCCUCUGGUCUCUACGAUACACCCAUAGGGGUCGUCUCAGCACUGAUGAAACUAGGUGGGAACUCGACAACUACCUUCCUUCUUACUUCCGCUUCCCCCCGUCGAGCCUUGAUCUGGCAUUUGAGGAUGAUACCCUUGACCUUGUCAAGCAGGCGUGGAAGAAGAUCAUGGGAGAUGAAGUAGGUGAUGAUGAUUUUAUGGUCUUUGAAGAUCGCGAUGGCGCUUCCGACCAAUGA